AGUGAUGUCUGCGAGAUGAGGCUGUCGCUGGUGCUACUGUGGCUGGGCGCGGCGGCGGCGUGCGGGCCGGGCCGCGGCUUCACCCGCCGCCACGGGCCGCGCCGCAUCACGCCCCUCGUCUUCAACCAGCACGACCCUAACAUUGGCGAGAACUCCAAGUCCGCCAGCGGGCCCCCCGAGGGCCGCAUCACCAGGGACGACGAGAAGUUCAGAGACUUGGUGCCCAACUACAACCCGGACAUCGACUUCAGGGACGACGAGGGCACGGGCGCCGAUCGUCUCAUGACACAACGUUGCAAGGAGAAGUUGAACACGCUUGCUAUAAGCGUGAUGAAUCAGUGGCCGGGCGUGCGGCUGCGGGUGAUUGAGGGCUGGGACGAGGAGAACUCACACCAGGAGCACUCGCUGCACUACGAGGGGCGCGCUGUCGACCUCACCACCAGCGACCGUGACAGCAGCAAGUACGGCAUGCUGGCGCGUCUCGCCGUGGAGGCCGGUUUCGACUGGGUCUACUAUGAGAGCCGCUCCUACAUACACUGCUCUGUAAAAACAGAGUCAUCAGUGGGAACCGGCGCAGGGUGCUUUCCCUCAGGCGCGGUGGUGUACACGGAGAGCGGGCCGCGAGACAUCGACUCGCUGAGAAAAGGAGACCGCGUGCUUGCUGCCGCAGAUGACGGCAAGAUGAUAUUUUCAGAGGUGUUGACGUUCAUGGAUCGAGAUCCAAACGCAACGAGGCAGUUCAUGGAAAUAACUGCCGAAAAUGGUGUGACCAUCACCACGACGCCGUCGCAUCUGUUGCUGCUAGCUGCCGCGGAUGGCUGGCGAGAGUCCUUCGCCGUAAACAUCAAGCUGGGCGACGUUCUGCUCACUAGGGGAACGGGAAGCGUGAUGCGGCCGUCUAAGGUCGUUCACACGAGAAUGGUGAAGAGACGCGGAGUGUUCGCGCCCCUCACCAAAGCCGGGACUAUCAUAGUUGACGAUGCAUUGGCGUCGUGUUAUGCGCUCGUCCGCAGUCAUUCGCUAGCACACGCUGCUAUGGCGCCUUUGCGAUGGUUGGCCAGUUGGAGCAAAACGGAAGAGAUGCCGCGCGGCGUACACUGGUACGCCAACGCCCUGUACUCCUUCGGCGACUACGUCCUGCCUUCGACGUAUAAAUAUCGUUAGUGACGUGUAAGUGCGGCGACCGUUCAAAAACAAUAUAUCGCGCGCGGGACGUGCCUUUGACGGAUUAUGUAAAUAGUAUCUAAGUGUAAAUAGGACGCGAACUGAAUGUGUAAAUAGGCUCUCAAUAAUGCAAUUAUUAGUCUACUGUAUAGGACGCCUCGACUACGUUUAUCGUAUUAACCCAUUGAAAUUGUAUUUAUGAAGUAGAAUAAGAGACAUAUUUUUGCGGAUCGCAGUUGACGUUCGAAUGUUUGUAAAUUGUGUCGGUGUUGUUAUUCUGCACAAUGCAGAAAUACUUAAAUGUAUGCGCUUAUGUUUUGUUUAUAAGUAUAGUUGUAUAAUAGUAUUUAACAUUGUUUAUCAAACUUAAGUGGCUCUAACUACUUUUAUUUCUAUCUUAAAACUACAGCUUACUCGUGUUCGUGUUCUACGAUUGUAACUAGACAUUCCAUUCCUCUAAUCUUUUACGUGCUAACAUUCUACAUGUGUAAAAUAUAAUGAAAUUGUGAUCUUGGUACCUAAAACAGUGCCUUAAGAUUUUAUUUAUUGUUAUUAUUAUAGGCUAGUUUUCUAUUUAAAAAGUGACGAUGGAAAGAUUGC